AUGGGGAGAUGUAUGUUCUUAGACGUCUCUGUUAGGGGGCAGGACCUGCACCUGAUCAAUAUCUAUGGAUCGCAGUCAAAAUGGGGCAGGAAUUGCCUCCUCACAAAGAUCAAGCCCUUCCAUUUUACGCCCCAGCAGGUUGUCUUUGGAUGUGACUUUAACACCAUAAUUAGGCCUGAAGACAGGAGAUGCUCCAUAGACAGCCUGGGUUAUGAUAGCAUUUUUUUCAGAGAUUUGGUUAGACAGGCAGGCCUGGUACAUGUGCACAUUAAGCACUGCCCUGGCUUUCACAUUUCAGAGAGGGAUACUCAGAGCAGAAUAGAAAGGUUUUUUAAAAAGGAGAACUCUGCUUUCUCAGCUCCUGAGUUGAGGGUGGUGGAAUUCUGACCACUGUAUGCUGUCU